GCGGACCGCUGGCAGGCGGCCGCGUCUGUGCGCCAUCCUGUUCAGGCUUUCGGGGUUUGGCCGAAAAGGGGCCUCCGGCCACCUAGCUGUGGACGACUUUUCGGCCCAGCUGGGGCGAGGCGCCCAGCCACCUAGCUGCGCCCGGCUAGCUGCAGGCGGGGCGCCCGGCCACUGAAAUGCGGCCGGCCUUCGGCCCACCUCUGCUCUUUCCUCAGGUGCGGUGAAGUCGGCCCACGCUCCUGGCAGGUGAGUGGGUCAGCUCUGGCGCUGCCUAUCGACGCCUCAUCUUGGCCAGGCUAUCUUGAGUUGCCAACCGAAUUGGUCCGACAAGUGUCUUCUCUCCCUUGGGUGAUAGUGACGGUCCCCCUGAUCCAGGUCAGUCGGUGGUGGUUCUCGCCCCAGCCCUGUGGCCCGCAUGUGAUAUUUUUGGUCACCUUGCUCUGGGCCCGCAGGUCGGCUUCGCGAUCCAUUGGGUUGUCCUCGUCCGGAUGAGGGGGUGGAGCAGAAACAUCGCGACCGAUCGCCCCCGAAAAUUGUCCUCUCAAGCUCGCGGCUUGCACGAGAGCUUAACCGCAGGGGCGCGGUGGCGUUCGGGUUCGGACAGGCGGCGUUGGCGGCGCGCGCGGGGCACGGUUGACCUCGCAAAGAGGGUUCUAGUCGCGGGGCCAAGGGGGGUUUAUCAGAAGACUCCGCGGCAUGACAAUUGUUUGCGCGAGGGUGCCGUUGGAGAAGUCGGGGGGCGGGCGAUGCAGGAAAAUUGUGCGACACCCCCUUGAGGGGGGGAAAUCGCCGCCCCAUUAGGAGCGCCGCGAAAGCACGCUGUAUCUGAUGACAAGUGACCGUGUGCUUGCUGUCGCGGUUCGCUGCCGGGCCAGUCUAUUGGCUGAUGUUGCUGCGCCAGGACGGGAUCAUACCAGGCGGGGCUCCAUUGGUGGGAAUCGGAGCGCCUCGGGAAGACAAUGCUGAUCGCCUGCGUCGUAACGGCGUUGCCAACGAGCUACUGCCCUUGCAGCAGCUCCACCUCUGCAUCCUCUUCGUUGGCGCCUUCGGCUUUUGGCACUGCUAUAACGUGCUCUACAAGCAUACCGUUCUCAACGUUGCCGAGGUCGGCUCGCUCUUCACGCGUUUCGUCAGCAUGGUGCUCUCGGGGCUGCUGGCCGGUGGAGCGUGGUCGCUCACACUUGGCUGCAAAGGCAGCGCCGUCAUGAGCGGUUUUUCAUCUCUUCGUUCUUGUGGGUCUCUCUGGGUGAGGAUCAAAUUCUUCUGGGGCCAGGACGCCGCCGAGAAGGUGCUCGCAGAGGGCCCGGACUGCUAUGGGCAGCGCGAGGGCACUGCAGACAAAGGCUCGACAGUGACGCGAGUUCCCAGAUGAUGCCACCGCUUUUUGGAAACAUGCCUGGCCAGCGUACAGAGCGCAGCACAUGAUCUUUAAUUCAGUGAGGGUCUCUCUCUCUCUCUCUCUCUCUCUCUCUCUUGCGCUGCGAUUAUCUUGCCGUUUAUUUUGUAUGCAAAGGCAUGCGUUGAAGUUUCUUCCCCGUUUUUCCUAUCGCUUUUUUCCCCCAGGAUCUAUCAGGUUUUACACUGCGGCUGUGAAUUCCGCCUUGAGGCGCUGCAAUGGAUUGCGUUCGUUAUUGUUCUGUCUUGUCUCGUCCCCCAGCUACCCCUCCCCUCUCGGGCCGCCCUCCCGCGACGGGCGUCCACGCCGACAUCGCGUUUUUCUGUUUUGGAGGCCGUUGCGGCAGUAGUGCUUUUGCCAGCCCAAACGCACGUGGCGACAUUGGGAACGAGGCGACGUGCGCACGGACUGAGCUGGCGAGUGCGUUGCGAAAUGGCU